AUGGAAACACAGAGCUAUCUCUCUCUUUCCUCGCUUUCAACAUACAAUUACAGAGAGCACAGAGCGAUAAACGCACACCUCCGUGGUCAUUCCAUAUUUGCUGGUAUAUCAGAUACACCAAAUAAUCUCUCCGUAUAUGAAAUGGGAAAUUGUGUGUUUAAAGAGCUUCGAGAGGCAGAAGAGAUGGUGAAAGUCGUGACAUACAGUGGGGGAAUAAUAGAGCUCUUUGCCCCCAUCACAACUAACUCUAUAACCAAUGAGUUCCCAGGCCAUGCCAUCUUCCACAGCCCUGACCUCUUCGCGCAACUUCCUCUCCACAACGAAGAGCUUCAUCCUAAAGAGCUUUACUAUCUCCUACCUCUCAACCCCUACAAAACCCCAAAAAAUCAUGAUAUUAAUGCAAACCCUAACGACAUUGUUUGUACACCGUAUCGCAUGUCAUGUGACAAUCAAGGCAAGAGGCCGGCAGAUCCUGAAGUUUUUCCGAGGUACAACAGUAGUGGGGUUUGGAAGGUGAAGCUGGUGAUAAGUCCAGAGCAGCUCUCUGACAUUUUGUCGCAGGAAGCUCGCACUGAGGCUUUGAUUAAAAGCAUGAGGAUAGUGGCCAAGUGUGGCACCGGAAGGAACUCAUCGGUGGCAAGUUCCGAUCAGUGGAGUCUGUCUAGUAGGUGGAAUGAGCUAUCAUCGUGA